CUCUCUGUUUAACUAGUCCUUGAUGUCAACUUUUCUUCGACACUCGUAGUUCCCUCUAACGCCAUGUUGGCUGUUAUGACUUGACUUGUUGUUUUCAUCAGUCUUACUACGGACUUGACAGGAGUGGCACCUUUAAACGCCGCCGGAGAAGCUUUAUUCCAUUUUUUACGCGUACGACUUUUGGAUGAUACGCGCGGAGUAUGCACGCAUCGUUACCGUAACUUCACAUUUUAAAGGAGUACUACUUGGAAAUAGCAGUUUGAGAGGCUUUGGGUCGCUUUUUGUUUCUUAUGUGCAUCAAAAUGUCAGAUGUUCGCCUUUCUAAUGCGAGCCCGACAUUGGAGAGGGUGGAUGCGCGGCAGCAGGACAACCCCAGACCCUCGGUGCGCAGAAACCUUUACGGCAAACCGGACCCAGGGGAGAUACAGAGGAAUCUGGCGGCUGUAGUGCAGGAAGAAGUGCAGGCUUUUAGGGAAAAGUAUAAUUUCGAUCCGUUGACCGAGAGACCGCUGUCGCCGCGCAAUUACGACUGGCAGGAGGACCGUAACCCACCGGAGUUUUACCUCCGAGCGGCUCACGGGAACCAGCAGCCCCAGCGAGACGGCGACUCGCCCGGCGGCAGCCAGCAGGAUGAAGCCGCGGGGAAUAGCGAGAGGCAGCAGGAUCACCAACCAGCCAGAGACCGUUCAAGGAAGAGGCAACAGGGAACUUUAGGUCCCUGUUCUGACCAGUGUCAAAGUAAAAGGUCGCAUACCGACGACGACGAUGAUGAAAACCAGCCGGACGGUGCAGGAAGUCAGGCGGUAACAGCCGCGGAGGAGACACCGAGCAGCCCGGAGAGCCGCGCUGAGGAGCAGUGAAGUGACUGCAGCAGAGCGGGGGGUGACCUGUUGCUGGUUUCUCAUCAUCUGACAGACUGAGACAGUGAAAAUCGACACAGACAUAAGGAAAAAAAAAAAAAAAAUCCAACAACAUCAACAAAAGAAAUCAGCCUUUUCCUGAAGAAGGGGACAAGGAGAGGCUGCACAAGCACUGAAUAAUGUACACUAUCAAGUUUUGGCACUCAUUUUAAUUCAAUUGCCUCAGAAGCAGCAGACAAUGUAGCAGUGUGCAAAUGGAUUUUUGCUCAUCUUUCUUCUUUUGUAUCUACUACCUAUGUUUCAGAUGUAGCACAUAAAAAAAAAGCAUGAUAUGCUUUUCAAACCUUUUUUUUUGUUAAAUGUAUUUGAGUGAGUGUGUGAAUUUGACUCGGGGAGUUGCAGUGCAAUUCCCCGCAGAGAAAAUAUUAUUUUUGUUUUUUUUUAAAAAAAAGAAAAAAAAAAGAAAAUGGUCAUUGUUGUAUCAUUUUUCAGGUAAUUGAUGUAAGUUACAAAUGCAGAUUUCAAAAGUCAGGGUUAUGUGGAAACAAAAUGUCUUCACUUCUUCUAUGGCUUUAUUUGUCCCAGUGUUAUUACACAGCCUAUCUUGUUUCUGAAGGCCCAGAUGGUCACACUGUAAGUUGAUGGUCCAUCCAACUGGGAACAGCCAUGAUAGAUAAAGUUUACAUGCAAAUAUCUCCUUAUUCCCCCCCCCCCUUUUUUUUUUGUUAUUUUUUCUGGGGUUUUGCCAAAGUUUUUUGCUGGGUAAAAUAUGGGAGGGUGGCUAAACUGCUGAUCUGACCAAAUUUGAACAGUAUUUCCUAAUAAUCCUAGGAAUUAGCUUUUAUUUUUUAAUUUUAAAUUAGGUAAAUUAUUAUUUUUAGUGACUUAUUGGUCACACACACCCCUACCCGUUGUAACAAAUUCUAUAGUCCAGGUCAACAAAGAUGAAACAUGUUAAAAUCACUGGGCUUCUUAUUAUGCAAAUAUGUGAAUCAAAGAUUUGUGUUUGUGGUGUGGAAUUCAUGUGGAACAUGUAAUUGCACUAUUCUUAAUUUCUCAUUUUCUUUGUGAAGGCAGGAAAAACAAAGUUACACUGCCUUAUUUGGUGUCAAACUUUGAAGUGUACCUGUGUGCCUUUUCUUUUUUUCUUUUUUUUUGUUUCAUUUUGAAAAACACUGAAAAAAAUUAUACUAACUUAUUUAUAUUGAGCUUUUUUGUAGGUGUAUGUAUACCUUCCCAAAGCAACAUUUUGUGCAUUUUUUUGUAAAUAUAUAUUUUCAUUAUUAUUUUUAAGAUAAAUAAACUGUUGCAAAACUGAGCCUAAUAAUCGA